AGGCUGCGCUCCCGCCCGCCGUUAAACAGCCGCGGGCAGCGCAGCCCUGUAGCACGGGGACAUCGGCCCUUCCGAGGGCUGCGUGCCACCGCCCCGCUCCCGGCCGCGCCGCGAGCGAUUAGGCAGCUUCAAAGUUAGAACUGAAAACGCAGCGAAUGAAUAAAUGAUAGGAACAGGGCUCAGCCAACCCCUCCGCGCACGCCCCGAGUGCCGGGAGAGGCAGUCGGCAAAUGCCAGCCGGCUCUCCCUCCGUGUCUGUGCAACUCUAAGUCGCCUUCUAAUUUAGAGCUUUGCAUCAACCCCCUUUUGCCCAGAGAGGAGAAGAGCUCUAGAAAGAUGCCAGGCUGCCAAAAGAGACCCCAGUUAACAGCGCUGGUGCCGGGUGCUGCCUGGCCGAGGAGAGGCAAAGUUGCUCGGAGGAACGGGAAGGAGGUGCUCCAGAGAGAAGGGAAGGGGACGAUUACUUGGUGAUAGCAGUAUUUCCCUCCCGUUGUCCCUCUCUCCUCUUUCUCCUUCCCAGCCUUAUCCCCGACUGCCCAGGAGGCCUUGAUGAGUUUCCAUCGGGAUCCGAUCCAAAGUGGGGGGGGACGAACAGUGACUGCUCCCAAAGGAAACGGCUCACACAAGUUUCGGGGGGUGAAACUCCCCGGUGGAUGUUGAACAAGCACAUCGGGAGGCUCGUGAUGACCGGGAGCAGCUGCAGACCCUCACCGGGACCUACCUUCACCACACGGUAGAGGAUUUUGCUGAAGGAGAAUCAACAGAGCAACGGGCUCAAUUACAUCCAAGUUCCCUAUGUAAGAUCUGUCAAGCAAUUCCUAUCAUCACGUCUGUAAGUGAGUAAAUCCAGCAGAAAGUCUUACUUGCUCGUUCUUCACUGACUUGUGGGACAACACUUCAGUUUUGGCAAUGGAUCAGAAGGAAUGAAGAGCACUUUUGCUCCCACCAAUGUUUCUUAGAGCUGCUAAAGCAGGACCAAUGAAGAUGUUCACCAGAUUGCAAGUCCUUGCGCUAGCUUUGUUUUCCAAAGGAGUUUUCCUUUCCCUAAGUGACCACAGCUUUGUAAGGAAAGAAAUUAAGAUAGAAGGAGACCUGGUCUUAGGGGGCUUAUUCCCAAUCAAUGAAAAAGGCACUGGGAUAGAAGAAUGUGGGAGAAUCAAUGAAGAUCGAGGCAUCCAGCGCUUGGAGGCCAUGUUGUUUGCCAUUGAUGAAAUCAACAGAGACAACUAUUUGCUGCCAGGAAUUAAACUUGGAGUUCACAUCUUGGACACAUGUUCCAGGGAUACAUAUGCCUUAGAACAGUCUUUGGAGUUUGUCAGGGCAUCUUUAACUAAAGUGGAUGAAACAGAAUAUAUGUGCCCAGAUGGCUCAUAUGCCAUUCAAGAGAAUUUACCAUUACUCAUCGCAGGAGUUAUAGGUGGUUCCUAUAGCAGCGUCUCCAUACAGGUGGCAAAUUUGCUCAGACUCUUCCAGAUCCCCCAGAUAAGUUAUGCCUCCACCAGUGCCAAGCUGAGUGACAAAUCCCGCUACGACUAUUUUGCAAGGACGGUGCCCCCUGACUUCUACCAAGCAAAAGCCAUGGCUGAAAUCUUACGGUUCUUCAACUGGACUUACGUGUCAACGGUUGCUUCAGAAGGAGACUAUGGGGAGACGGGGAUUGAAGCCUUUGAGCAGGAAGCUCGCCUCCGCAACAUCUGCAUUGCCACCUCUGAGAAAGUGGGACGGUCCAACAUCAGAAAGUCCUAUGAUGGUGUGAUCAGAGAGUUGCUGCAGAAACCCAAUGCCAGAGUAGUGGUGCUGUUCAUGCGAGGCGAUGACUCUCGGGAGCUCAUUGCAGCUGCCAAUCGCUUUAAUGUUUCCUUCACCUGGAUUGCCAGUGAUGGAUGGGGAGCACAAGAGAGUAUUGUCAAAGGUAAUGAGCAUAUAGCCUCUGGGGCAAUAACCUUGGAGCUUGCUUCCCAUCCAGUUAAAGAGUUUGACAGGUAUUUCCAAAGCCUCAGUCCAUACAAUAACAGACGAAACCCCUGGUUCAAGGACUUUUGGGAGCAAAAAUUCCAGUGUAAUCUCCAGAAUCGAAAGCCACACAAAAAAACUUGUGACAAGCACUUCACCAUCAACAGUUCCAAUUAUGAGCAAGAAUCCAAGAUCAUGUUUGUUGUGAAUGCUGUGUAUGCGAUGGCCCAUGCUUUGCAUAAAAUGCAGCGGACUCUGUGUCCAAACACCACCAAACUGUGUGAUGCUAUGAAACAUCUGGAUGGCAAGAAGCUGUACAAAGAUUAUCUCCUGAAAGUAAACUUUACAGCUCCAUUCAAUCCUCCCAAUGUGGCAGACAGCACAGUCAAGUUUGAUGCCUAUGGAGAUGGGAUAGGUCGUUACAAUGUGUUUAAUUUCCAAUACACUGGAGACAGAUACUCCUACGUGAAGGUUGGUCACUGGGCAGAAACCCUGUCACUUGAGGUAGACUCUAUCCACUGGUCGAAGAGCUCUAUCCCUGUCUCCCAGUGCAGUGACCCCUGUGCUCCCAAUGAGAUGAAGAAUAUGCAACCAGGAGAUGUCUGCUGUUGGAUUUGUAUUCCCUGUGAAACAUACGAGUACCUGGCUGAUGAAUUUACUUGUGCAGACUGUGGGCCAGGAAAAUGGCCCACGGCUGACCUGACUGGCUGCUAUGACCUACCAGAAGACUACAUCAAGUGGGAAGAUGCUUGGGCAAUAGGUCCUGUUACCAUUGCAUGCAUGGGCUUUAUUUGUACUUUUUUGGUCAUUGCAGUGUUUAUCAAGCACAACAAUACUCCCCUAGUUAAAGCCUCUGGCCGUGAACUAUGCUACAUAUUGCUCUUUGGGGUCUUCCUGUCUUACAGCAUGACAUUUUUCUUCAUAGCCAAGCCUUCUCCAGCUAUCUGCACCUUGCGUCGUUUGGGGCUAGGAAGUUCCUUUGCUGUCUGCUAUUCUGCCCUCCUGACAAAAACAAACUGCAUAGCUAGAAUAUUUGACGGUGUAAAGAAUGGUGCUCAAAGGCCUAAGUUCAUCAGCCCCAGCUCUCAGGUCUUCAUAUGCCUGAGUCUCAUUUUGGUACAGAUUGUGAUGGUGUCCGUGUGGCUCAUCUUGGAGGCCCCUGGCACCAGGAGGUACACUCUUCCUGAGAAGAGAGAGACUGUCAUAUUGAAAUGCAAUGUUAAAGAUUCCAGUAUGUUAAUCUCCUUAACAUAUGAUGUAAUCCUCGUAGUCUUAUGUACUGUGUAUGCCUUCAAAACAAGGAAAUGCCCAGAGAACUUCAACGAGGCCAAGUUUAUCGGUUUCACAAUGUACACAACGUGCAUCAUUUGGCUGGCCUUUCUCCCCAUAUUUUAUGUGACAUCCAGUGACUACAGAGUGCAGACCACCACUAUGUGCAUCUCCGUGAGUCUGAGCGGCUUCGUGGUGCUGGGCUGCCUCUUCGCACCCAAGGUGCACAUCAUCCUCUUCCAACCCCAGAAGAACGUGGUCACUCACAGACUCCAUCUCAACAGGUUCAGUGUCAGUGGAACUGGGACCACAUAUUCCCAGUCAUCUGCCAGUAUGUAUGUACCAACGGUCUGCAAUGGAAGGGAAGUCCUGGACUCCACCACCUCAUCUCUGUGAUUGUGACAUGCGGUUCAGUUCUUGAGUUUUUAGACUGUUAGGCAACAUUUUGCACAUGUUGUGCACUUUGGAAAACACCAGAAAACAAAAGAAAACAAAAGAAAACUAGUACCUUUUUUUAGAAACAGUGUAAUAAAUUAUUUUUGAGGAUUGUACAGUAUAUAGUGACGUUCUGGAACUUUUUAGACUGAUUUUAGCCCUUCUGUUGUUAAUGGUCAUAAGGGACAUGUAAAUACCCAUGGUUCACAAUGUGCAUAGUCCUAAAGUAAGGGAGUGAUUUGUUGCAAGCACAGUUGCAAUGUUAGGUGACUUCUUUCCUACGAUAUUUUUUGUAGUUCCUUGUUGUAAUUAACUUAGACUGCAUUUCUAUGUUGUAUAUUACAGUUACCUUACAUGUAACAGACUGGUUUUCUCAGCACAAAACAGCAGUAUUAAUGUAAAGGCACCAAUAAUAAAAAGAUAAAAGUUUUCCAGCAUGGUUUCAUUUCUGUUUGUUCCUCUUUCAAGGUCAUUAUAUCUUUGAUAGUUUUUCCUUUAACACCAGGGCAGGUACAAAGGGUAAAAAGCCUGCAUGAAUAGUGUGUAUGUUCACACAUACACAUGUAUGGGAGUGUACCUAUGUUACAAAAUCCACGUCACAAAACAGGUGAUUCUGAUGAAUGCUUUGUCAGGGCCAAGUAUAAAUUCCCUCUCACUGAAAAAAUAGGCACGUUAUUAAAGCAUUUCAAGUGCUUCUCUUGUUAAUAAAAUGCAGGAUAAUUUCCAAAUGUGAAAAAGUCUAAUUGCAUCUCAAUGAGACAUUAGCAACAAAAUUUUGGUCACAGGUUCACCCAUUUGGCAUGAUUUAAACCUGCCAUGUGCACUGUAGAAUGGUAGCCUAUAAAAAGCUAAGACAUUUUAGAUUGUGCUGGCAAAGAGAUUGAAGAAGAUGUGUCAGAAAAUUAGCCCAGACUGUUUUAUACCUCCAGCCAAAACAAAGCUGGUUCCCUAUCACCAGUGCUGUAAGAGGAAUUGGAGCACCACAGAGACACAGAAGCUAAAAACAUAACAAAAGAGCAAUCCAGGAGACAUUUACACCUGUCUCUGGGGUGACCUUUGCAUUCAAAUCAAACAAUUCAAUACACACAUAGCAGCUACUCAGACCACUGCAAAAUACCUGAUUUUAUAACUGCUCUCUGAGAGCCACCCUCAGUCAGUUAGAACAAUCUGAAAUGCUCAAUUUUUCCAGUCCAGUAAGACAUUAAGGAAACAAAUACACCUUUGAUUAAUGUGCCUGGGCAUAUUUACCUAAGGGCUUGUUCCCGUUGAUCUCAUUCCUGCUGAGGUCAAUAGCAAAACUGACUUCAAAGGCAACACCACUGAGGCUUGAAAGGCAGAUACUAGAGAUAUGUGCUGUUAGAUGCAGAAGUUCUCUCAAGGCCAAUCUCAGAUGCUUUUACACACUUCUGGAAAGGCGCAGGUUGUUAGGGCUGAACUGGUGAAGAAAGCAGUUGUUGUUUUGAAUGCAAAAAUGAAAGAGAUUCUUAAAAUCCCUGCCCGUAGAUAGAUUAAUUUAUUUUUUAUUUCAGAUCCAUGUGUUCACCAGUGAAGAUCUUUUGAUGUCUACACACCUUCAGGUUCUGCAUCAUUGAGCUGGUCAGUACCCAAAUCUCCGUGACUUGCCCAGAACAGACAUUGCACAGCCCACAGAGUCAGUUUCUUUCUCUCCACAAGCUCCAAAGUGCCAAGUGCUUCAGGCUUGGUUCCUACAUGACACAUACAUGACACAGGGGUCAUGGUUUGGCACACUGGGAGACUUGCUUUCUCAAUCAAGACCCCUUAAA